GGCUGCAGGGAAGAGGAGAAACUUCCGAUAAAGAUAAUAGGGCACGCUCAACCAGCCAUGCAGAACGGUUCUGGGCACGGAUGCCUGAUGGCCAAUCCACCGACGGAUGGGAUAACAAGUCUACGGUUCUCGAAUCACACAGACAAUCUGAUCGUGUCCUCAUGGGACGGAAACGUACGUCUGUACGAUGUUUCUUCGAAUGUUCUGAGAGGAUGUUUCGCGCACAUGGGGCCUGUGCUCGAUUGCUGUUUCCACGACGACAACUCGGGGUUCAGUGGGAGCAGUGACAGGACGGUCCGGCGACACGACUUUGCAAAUGGGCGAAGCGACGUAAUUGGCAAGCACGACGGAGCCGUCCGCUGCGUCGAGUAUUCUCAUUACAUUGGCCAAGUACUGUCCGGUAGUUGGGACAAGACACUCCGCUGUUGGGACCCCCGUGCUCCGACCCCCCAAGAGCGCUCUAUAGGCAUCUACGAGAUGCCCGACAGAGUGUACUCCAUGUCCGUGGUCGGAUAUCGGCUCGUAAUUGCCACAGCGGGACGCCAUGUCGUGAUUUACGACACUCGAAACAUGUCGCAACCGGAGCAGAGAAAGGAGUCGCCUUUGAAGUUCCAAUCGAGAUGCGUACGCUGCUACCCGAACGGUACGGGCUACGCACUCAGCUCCAUCGAAGGAAGAGUGGCAAUGGAGUUCUUUGACCCUUCGGAAGCCUGGCAAGCCAAGAAGUAUGCAUUCAAAUGUCACAGGAAAUCGGAUGCUGGCCGCGAUACCGUCUACCCGGUCAACGCCAUCGCCUUUCAUCCUGUCUAUGGCACGUUUGCGACCGGCGGAUGUGAUGGCUAUGUCAACGUAUGGGAUGGGACCAACAAGAAGCGACUAUAUCAGUAUCAAAAGUACCCUACUAGCAUAGCUGCCUUGUCAUUCAGCCGAGACGGACGGCUCCUGGCAGUCGCCUCAAGCUACACGUUCGAAGAGGGAGAGAAGGUCCAUCCGCCGGAUCAGAUCUUCAUUCGGAAUGUCAACGAACUCGAGGUCAAGCCAAAGCCAAGGCCAUACACUGCUGCAACAUGAAUCAUGCUUUGCCCUCGGUACCCUCGGCACCUUAAGCACCCUCGGUGCCCUUGGCACCCUCAGCAACCUCAGUGCCCUUGACACCCUCAGGAACCUCAGCACCCUCAGCACCCUCAGCGCCCUCAGCGCCCUCAGCGCCCUCGACACCCUCAGGAACAUCAGCCCCCCUCCCCUCAGCGCCCUUGACACCCUCAGCAACCUCAGCACCCUCAGCGCCCUCAGCGCCCUCAGCGCCCUCCACACCCUCAGCAACCUCAGCACCCUCAGCACCCUCAGCACCCUCAGCGCCCUAGACACC